AUGUCUUUUGAUUUAACAGAUCACUCGCACGCCCGUUACAAUCCAUUGACGGAUUCGUGGGUUUUAGUCUCACCUCAUAGAGCCAAGAGACCAUGGUUGGGACAGCAAGAAAAGCCUGGUAAGAACGAUGCCCCAGAGUACGAUCCAAAAUGUUACUUGUGCCCCGGAAAUACAAGAGCUACUGGUGGGGAAAACCCAAAGUAUACCUCCACGUACAUAUUCCAGAACGACUACGCAGCAGUUAAGCUCGAGCAGCCAGAGCCAGAUGCCUCUGUCAACGGAAAUGAUCCAUUGAAGCAAAGGUUGUUCCAGUUGAAAGGUGUGAAAGGUAAUUGUUUUGUGAUUUGUUUCUCUCCAAACCAUAGCCUAAGUCUUCCACAAAUGAGUCCAAAGGACAUCACCAACGUCGUUUCUGCCUGGACUGACUUGUACUUGAAGCUGGAAAAGGAGGCCAAGGAAGAGCACAAGCCAUUCAAGUACUUGCAAAUCUUCGAGAAUAAGGGUACUGCCAUGGGAUGUUCCAACCUACAUCCUCACGGCCAAGCUUGGUGCUUAGAUUCUGUUCCAAACGAACCAGCAAAGGAAUUUGUUAGUUUCGCGAAGUAUGAGGCUAAGAACGGUACCCAUUUGCUACAGGACUACGUGACCUUGGAAGAACGUGAGAAAGAGAGAAUUGUUUACGAAAAUGAUUCAUUCUUGGUGGUUGUUCCAUACUGGGCUGUAUGGCCAUUUGAAACAAUGGUAGUCUCCAAGCGCCGUAUUCCAUCCUUGAAACAAUUCACAGAUAAAGAAAGAGAAGACUUAGCUGCAACAAUCAGAAACUUGACUAUUAGAUACGAUAACUUAUUCGAAACAAGCUUCCCAUACUCUAUGGGUAUCCACCAAGCUCCUUUGAAUGCUUCUGAAGAAGAAUUGAAGAAUGCCUGGUUCCAUAUGCAUUUCUACCCUCCAUUAUUGAGAUCUGCUACUGUUAGAAAGUUUUUGGUCGGUUUCGAACUAUUAGGUGAACCUCAAAGAGACUUGACCCCAGAACAAGCAACAGACAGAUUAAAGGUCUUGGAUGGCGAGGAACAUUAUCUAAAGAAGCUUGAAAGAGAAGAACAGGAACAGAAAAAAUAA